UGAAGUUUGGGGUACCGCUGUUACGGUUAACCAAAAUCUGUCCUGAAUGGUAAACUUGCACAUUACAUUCCCAGCCUCGGACACCACCAGUUGAACGACGUCGAAUUACUCGACAGUAUUCUUCCGUCCACCAAAUCUGAUCGGUCAAUUCCGCGCUCGAGUUCGCCGGGGGCUAUCUUAUCCGUUAGAUCUUGCACGGAGUUCUUCACGAAACAAAUUAGUAUACUUUUAGAAAUUGUAGAAUCAGUUCGAAAAGGGGUGAAAAUGGAGGUAGAAGAAGGAGUGCAGAUUGACGACAAGGCGAAGAGAAUGAGAGAUCUGUUAUCGAGCUUCUACUCUCCAGAUUCUUCAUCUAAUGCAUCAUCCUUGGAGAAUUACAGUUCUUCCUCGUCAAGAUUUGCUACUCUCGACACCAUCAACACCACCUCUUUCGACGCCGAUCUGUACAUGAAUCUUCUCGUACAAAAGUCAAAUUUGGAAAAUCUUCUUCAGAAGCAUGUUGAGAUGGCUGCUGAAAUAAAAAAUCUUGAUACUGACUUGCAAAUGUUGGUAUAUGAAAAUUACAACAAGUUCAUCAGUGCUACUGAUACAAUUAAAAGGAUGAAAAAUAAUAUUGUUGGUAUGGAAGCAAAUAUGGAACAACUUCUCAAAAAGAUAAUGUCUGUGCAAUCGAAAAGCGAUGGUGUUAACACUUCUCUUUUUGAGAAGAGAGAGCAUAUAGAGAAGUUGCACCGCACACGCAAUCUUCUCCGUAAAGUUCAGUUACACCAAAUUCUGUUUACAUGGGAAGAGCAGUUUAUAUAUGAUCUCCCUACAAGACUUGAGAAUUGUAUCAAAUCAGAAGCCUACGCUGAUGCUGUCAAAUUUUAUACUGGAGCCAUGCCAAUUUUUAAGGCAUAUGGGGAGUCCUCCUUUCAGGAAUGUAAGCGAGCAUCAGAAGAAGCAGUGGAUGUAAUUAUAAAAAAUUUGCAGAGGAAGGUAUUCUCAGAUUCGGAGUCCAUACAAGCCAGAGCCGAGGCUGUGAUGCUUCUUAAGCAGUUGGAUUUCCCGGUCAUAAAUUUGAAGGUUAAACUGUUUGAAAAGCUAGAGCAAUUCCUUGUGAACCUUCAUCUUGAUGAAUUGAAGGAACCAACAAAUGCUUCAGCAGAUGAUAAUGAACCUCCUAAGGAAGGAACUGUUCUUGAUUCAGCCUCUUCUGCAGCUCAUGAGGCCUCUAUUCGCGAAUUUGUGGAAGCUGUUCGUGCAUAUAGAGCUAUAUUUUUGGAUUCAGAACAACAGCUACUUAAACUUGCUCAAGAUUUUGUUACAAAGCAUUUUGAUGCCACUCGUCAGAAAAUUAAGCAGUUACGCUCUGUGGAACUUUUGGCAAUCCUUCGGGUGAUUUGGAGUGAUGUGCUCUUGAUAACUGAAGUGUUACCAGAGGCUGAUCUACCUGAUUAUGCCUUGCAGGCUGCUCGCAUUGUUGUCAAAGACUACAUUAACAGCACUUUUAAACAGCUUUUACUAGAUAUCUCAGAUGCCCUCACUAAAGCCCAAGUUGGACAGAAGCAAGGAGUAGAAGAAUAUUCUUUGCAGGUGGCACUCGAGGCUAGCAGAAAGGCAGUAAUCCAGGGCAGUUUGGAUGUCUUACAGAAUUUCCGCCAGCUUCUUGAUGAAAACUCAGAUUUGGUACUAAAGUUGAGAGACUUGAUAAUUGACUGGGUACAAGAAGGGUUUCAAAAUUUCUUUUGGGCGCUUGACGAUCAUUUUGUCUUGCUUUCUGGCAAGAGUAAUUCAGCAAGUCAAAAUUUAAAUAUUCCGGGGAGUAUAGCAGGUGACAAAGUACGUGCUGGACUUGUACUUGUGCUGGCUCAAUUAUCUCUUUUUAUCGAACAAAUUGCCAUCCCCAGAAUUACUGAGGAAAUAGCAUCUUCUUUUUCUGGUGGUGGGACUCGGGGCUUUGAAUAUGGUCCAGCUUUUGUUCCUGCAGAAACUUGUCGCACCUUUCGUUCAGCUGGUGAAAAAUUCUUAGAUCUUUAUAUAAAGAUGAGAACUCAAAAAAUAUCAGUUGUCUUGAAGAAGAGGUUUACAGCCCCAAAUUGGGUCAAGCACAAAGAACCCAGAGAAGUACAUAUGUUUGUCGAUCUCCUUCUUCAAGAGUUGGAAGCAAUAGGAACCGAGGUAAAACAGAUUUUGCCGCAAGGCCUUCAUCACAAGCAUCGUCGCACCGACAGCAAUGGAAGCACCACUUCCUCGCGCAGCAAUCCUUACGAUAGACUUGGCCGAUCAAAUACCCAAAAGGCUAGAAGCCAGCUUCUGGAGACCCAUCUUGCAAAAUUAUUCAAGCAAAAGAUGGAAAUUUUUACUAAAGUUGAACACACACAGGGAUCUGUUUUAACAACUAUUGUGAAACUUUCUUUGAAGAGUUUGCAUGAAUUUGUCAGACUCCAGACAUUCAAUCGAAGUGGGUUCCAACAAAUUCAGUUGGAUAUCCAGUUUCUAAAGACUGCAUUAAAGGGGAUUGCUGAGGAUGAAGCUGCUGUAGAUUUCUUGCUUGAUGAGGUGAUCGUUGCCACUGCAGAGCGUUGUUUAGAUCCAAUUCCUUUAGAACCUCCCAUAUUGGACAAACUUGUACAAGCAAAGUUAGCAAAGAAUUCAGAACAGAGCCCAGUUUCUUGAUCAGAUAGUUUUCUGAAGCUUCACCCAUCGUGCCUCGGUUUCCUUCUUUCAUGGUGACAUUCCUGUUCAAGUAUUUCUGGUCGAUCUUGUGCAAUUUUCCCGUAAGGUUCAGUGAGAUUCUCUUUGUUGUUAUGAGAAAGAGAGGACUAGGAAUAAAUUGGUGGAUGCUUGUUUGUGAAGAGUAACCAAUGUGCGGCUUUGCACCACUAGGAUUUGCCGACAUUGUUCGUUGUUGUUACAUAGUCUUAACGUGUUGUAAUUGGAAAUAUUAUUUCCGUUAAAGAGCAGUCAAGACUGUAUAUUGACCGUUCAUACGAAGAAAUGCAAUUUGGCUUCCAUUCAGCAAUAGAUGAUGAACCAUUUGGAAGAUAUAUACGUUUUGUUAGUGCUAUAAUUUGAUGUUUUACUUAAUCAUUGAAGCUAUUUGCGCUUUCUGGAGUUCUAA